CCGAGCGCCAGAACCGCGCUGGCUGAGCGGCGGCUGCUGGGGGGCGUUAUGAGUUUGGCUGGGGGCCGGGCCCCCCGGAAGACCGCGGGGAACCGGCUUUCGGGGCUCCUGGAGGCAGAGGAGGAGGAUGAGUUCUACCAAACGACUUAUGGGGGUUUCACGGAGGAGUCGGGCGAUGACGAGUACCAAGGGGACCAGUCGGACACGGAGGACGAGGUGGACUCCGACUUCGACAUCGACGAGGGGGAUGAGCCAUCCAGCGAUGGGGAAGCCGAAGAGCCGAGGCGGAAGCGCCGCGUGGUCACCAAAGCCUAUAAGGAGCCGCUCAAGAGCUUGAGACCUCGGAAGGUCAGCACCCCAGCCGGUAGCUCUCAGAAGGCCCGGGAAGAGAAGGCGCUGCUACCCCUGGAACUGCAGGAUGAUGGCUCUGACAGUCGGAAGUCCAUGCGUCAGUCCACCGCUGAGCAUACCCGACAGACGUUCCUUCGUGUACAAGAGCGGCAGGGCCAGUCGAGGCGGCGAAAGGGGCCCCACUGUGAGCGGCCUCUGACCCAGGAGGAGCUGCUCAGGGAGGCCAAGAUCACAGAGGAGCUCAACUUACGUUCACUAGAGACAUACGAGCGGCUCGAGGCUGACAAAAAGAAGCAGGUUCACAAGAAGCGCAAGUGCCCGGGGCCCAUAAUCACCUACCACUCAGUGACGGUGCCGCUUGUUGGGGAGCCGGGCCCCAAAGAAGAGAACGUGGACGUGGAAGGCUCUGUGUUUCUCCUCAGCCUGGAUCCUGCCCCCGCGGCUUCCAUGUUGACACCUCGUGCUGGGACCGGGCCCGUCAUCCCUCCUGCUCGCUGCUCACGUACCUUCAUCACCUUCAGUGAUGAUGCAACUUUUGAGGAAUGGUUCCCCCCAGGGCGGCCCCCAAAGGUCCCUGUUCGGGAGGUCUGCCCAGUGACGCACCGCCCAGCCCUCUACCGAGACCCAGUCACGGACAUCCCCUACGCCACCGCCCGAGCUUUCAAGAUCAUCCGCGAGGCCUACAAGAAGUACAUCACUGCCCACGGGCUGCCGCCCGCCGCCUCGGCCCUGGGCCCGGGCCCGCCACCGCCCGAGCCCCUCCCUGGGUCUGGCCCUCGGGCCCUGCGCCAGAAAAUCGUCAUCAAAUGAGGAGACGUCUCGUCCUCAACCCGUGCUCCUGCCCCACAAGGGGGUCUUAGGGCCCUUGCUCCCCCUUUAUUGGCUCUGGUCUUUGCCCAGCCCAUGGCCAUGUCGCCCCCGUCCUUUCCCCUAGUUCCUUCUGGUUUUGUUUAUGUUUUUUUAACCUAAUAAAGUAGAGAGAUCCCUUGUCUGGUGUCUGUCAGGUUGG